CACAGCCCUCCCAACCCUGACAGUUCCUGGGCCUGUCCUCUGGGGAUCGACGGCUGAGCGCGGCGCGCCGCAGCCAUGGCCAUCGCCCACCUGGCCACCGAGUACGUGUUCUCGGACUUCUUGCUGAAGGAGCCCUCGGAGCCCAAGUUCAAGGGAUUGCGACUAGAGCUGGCCGUGGAUAAGAUGGUCACGUACAUCGCGGUGGGAAUGCCUCUGCUGCUCAUCUCGCUGGCCUACGCGCAGGAAAUCUCGAUCGGUACACAGAUAAGCUGUUUUUCCCCAAGCUCUUUCUCCUGGCGUCAGGCUGCCUUCGUGGAUUCUUACUGUUGGGCUGCUGUUCAGCAGAAGCAACCCUUGCAGGACAAUUCUGAGAACCUUCCACUGUGGUUGCAUAAGUUUUUCCCCUACAUCCUGUUACUGGUUGCCAUCCUCCUGUACCUGCCCUCCCUGUUCUGGCGUUUUGCAGCUGCUCCACAUAUUAGCUCAGAUUUGAAGUUCAUCAUGGAAGAACUUGACAAAGUUUACAACCGCGCAAUUAAAGCCGCAAAGAGUGCACGUGACCUUGACCAGAGAGAUGGUGUCUGCCAAGUUCCUGGUUCUAACGAGAACACAGGGCAAAGUUUGUGGGAGAUACCUGAAAGCCACUUCAAAUACCCAAUUGUGGAACAGUACUUGAAGACAAAGAAAGAUUCUAAUACUUUAAUUGUCAAGUACAUCAGCGGCCGGGUGCUAACACUCACCAUUAUACUAUUAGCAUGCGUCUACCUUGGCUAUUACGUUAGCCUCUCCUCCCUCUCGGAUGAGUUUGUCUGCAGCAUCAAAUCAGGGAUCCUGAGAAACGACAGCACCGUCCCUGAUCGGUUUCAGUGCAAACUCAUCGCAGUUGGCAUCUUCCAGUUGCUCAGUUUCAUUAACCUCAUGGUUUAUGCUCUGCUGGUUCCCGUAGUUGUCUACACACUGUUUGUUCCACUGCGCCAGAAGACAGAAGUUCUCAAAGUGUAUGAAAUCCUGCCCACUUUUGAUGUUCUGCAUUUCAAGUCUCAAGGGUACAAUGACUUGAGCCUCUACAACCUUUUCUUGGAGGAGAAUAUAAGUGAACUCAAGUCAUACAAGUGUCUUAAGGUACUGGAGAAUAUUAAAAGCAGUUGUCAGGGCAUUGACCCAUUGAUUGUCCUGAUUAACCUCGGCACCGUCAAGAUGGAUAUUAUUGAUGGCAAAAUUCACAAGCAGGCUGAGAUGGUGGGAGAGGAUCAGGGGAACCAGAUGGCAGAGCUCAAAGAUUUGAAUGUACACACUGAAACUAAAGCAAAUAGUGGAGAAGGGAAUGCUCGACAGAGACUUCUGGAUUCUUCUUGCUGA